CCCCCCCCGCGCCUGGCUGCCGACAACUCCCUGGACCUGCAAUCCAUGGCACCACCAGCAGCGCGCCCGACUCACUCGUCCCCAUCCCUGGGGACACGGCAGGGCUCCUGUCGUCACAGGUGGUCGAGCUUCCCGGCACCACUCCCCAACCAACCUGGAAGCACCCUUUGCAGAGCGCACAGGGGCACCUGACAGCAGCCAUCUGGGCACAGGUUGUGGUACAGUGGCCCCCACAGGGCCAGCAGGAAGUGGCUUGCUCUUGUAGGGCGGGAAAGGCAGUGCACAGGGGCUGCCACGGGGCAUUCCCUGCCCUGGGGCAGCACACCCGCGCAGCUCAAGGGCAGAGGGCCACCAGUCCAGCCAUUCUGCCCUGCACAGGCACUGGUGUCCACAUGGUACUGGACCUGGCUCUGGCUCCAGUAGCCCAUCAUACGUGGCUGGGAGUGGAGCAUGGUGUGAGGGCCAUCCCCCAUGGGUCCACGGCUCCUGGGGCACCCUGGCUGCCCGCAGCCCUGCUCUCUCUUUGCCCACAGGUGAUCCUGGCAGUGCUGGGGCUGGCAGCCAGCAAAUCACAGCCCCUGGGGUGGCAGAACCAUGCUGUGCUGCGAGGACAGCGGGUCCUGGUGCAGCCACUCACCCGCCUGCGGAGACAUGCCACCAGACACCCCUGCCCUGCUGGCAUGAACUGGAUCGAGCGUACUCACCAGUGCUGUCGCCAGUGUCCUGCAGGGACGUACCUGCACAAGCCCUGCACAAGCCACAACGACAGGGUCUGCAAUCCCUGUCCCAUCGGAACUUUCCGCUCCCAGCCCAACACCUUGACAGAGUGCCAGGCUUGCUACGAGUGUGACCGACAAGCUUUCCAGAGUGUUCUGAGCAACUGCUCGGCCACCAGCAACGUUGCCUGUGGCUGUGAGCCCGGAUACUUCCGUGUCUGCCUCGACAAGAGCUGCAGCGAGUUCUCAUGUCGGAAGUGCCAGCCCUGCACUGGGCGCCUCAUCCAGCAGCCCUGCUCAGAGACUCAGGACACACUCUGUGAGAGCAGCUGCAAGCCUGACUUCUACACCGAGGGUGAUGAGUGCCGGCCAUGCCACAUGAGCACCCUGGACACGUGCAGCAAAGAGUGCCAGCAAGUGUGUGGCAGCAGCAGCAGUGGCCAAGACUCAGGUCUGGAGUACAUCCUGCUGGGACUCACCGGACCCCUCUUCCUGGGUGCCCUUGCCAUCUACCACAAGAGGAAGAGGCUCCGGCACGAUGCCCUGGCACCUGGUCCCCUGCCCACAGCACAGGCAGGCACCUCCAUGGCUGGGGCUGUGGCCACACCGUGGUGCCGGUUCAGUGUCCCAGGGUGGGACAGCCUGUGCUGGACCCAGCCGUGCUCCCCACAGGGGACAGAUCGUGCCACUGUCAUGGUGGGGCAGAGCCCCAAGCACCAGGCCCUGCUGCGUGAGCAGCUCAGCGACGAGGAGGAGCCCUCUGCCCCACCGGAGCCCCGCAGUGCCCUGCUGCAGGGCAGCCAGCUCUAUGCUGUCAUCGACGCUGUGCCAGUACGGCGUUGGAAGGAGUUCAUGCGGAUGCUGGAGCUGCGGGAGGCGGAGAUUGAGCUGGUGGAGCUGGAGGUGGCCCACAUCCGUGACCAGCAGUACGAGAUGCUGAAGCGCUGGUGCCAGCAGACCAGCGCCACGCUGGACCGCGUCUUUGCUGCGCUGGAGCGCAUGGAGCUGGCCGGCUGCGCCGAGGCACUGCGCCAGAGCCUGCCAGCGGGGCCCUAGCCCUCAGCAUCACCCCAUGGCACAGGGAGGUCCUGGCACCUUCACAUCUCACUGGGCACCUCUGCUGUGCCAUACCCCUAAGUAUUGUUACUUAUGCCGUGUAGACAUUUUAUGUCACUUUUAUGUCCCCUUCCUACCCACUGUCCCCCUCUAUUUAUGUCCCCCUGCUCCCAGGGCUAGGAGGGACCCCACGCCCCAGCAGGUCGGCUGCCUGGCCACUCGCAGGACGAGCGGGCACCGAGCCCACUGCAAACCCAUGGGACAGUUCUCAAGGCUGCCUGCUGCCGGGCG